AUGAAGGAUUCUGAAGCUAUAUUUCACGUAAAUGAAACUUCUAUGGAUUUCCGCACGUUUCCAUUUCUUCCAACGGUGAAUGAUUUGCUGGGUGAUGAGAAGCAUCAGGCUCUGCACGCAGAUUUCACGAGUGGUCAAUAUUUGAACAUCAGUCAUUAUCUUCACGUUCAAUCCCGCUUGAUGAGAGAAGACUUCAUAAAACCCUUGCGAGAAGGAGUAGCGGAAAUCUCCAAACGAAUUGAAAAUGACCGCCGCACUUUCGCCGCUUGGCACAAGACUCUCAGUGUUGGGAUUUAUGGGAAAGGAGUGAUUACUGGGAUUGUUCGCAAACCAGUCGGUGUCACCUUCGAACUCAAAAUUUCUUCGUCAAAUUCAAGUCAAGUUCCAUGGAAAAUUGGAAGGCGGUUGAUGUACGGCUCCGUGUUAUGCCUUACUAAUGAUAACUUCAAAAGCGUAAUGUUUGCGUCUAUUGCGGAGCGAAAAUUGCGAGACGCGAAGCAUUGGAUCGUAAAAAUACGACCUGAAACUGAUGAUCUAAACUUGAAGUUUUGGAUGGGCAGUCCUGAAUUCCUGAUCGUGGAAACCACUGCUUUCUUCGAGUCGUAUCGUCAGAUCAUGUUUGCUUUGCGAAAUAUUCCUUUGGAGAAAUAUUCACUGAAGAAGUACAUUGUGGAUGCUGAAAAUAUCGUGUCUGUUCCUAAAUAUCUCUUGGAUCACGAAGGCAAGGAGUCGCAGGUAUUCCCUUUGGAAUUCAGAGGACGAAAUUUGGUGGGGAAUCCUUUUUCCGGCGAAUGGCCGGAACCUGAGGAACUUGGGCUGGACAAAGCUCAGUUUCGUGCAUUCAAGGCUAGUCUUUGUCGUGAGUUCGCCUUAAUUCAAGGUCCUCCAGGAACUGGUAAAACCUUCAUCGGCGUGAAGCUUGUUCAAGCUAUGCUUUCGCGUCGUCAGGAAUUCAACAUUGACAGUGAUGGUCCUAUUUUGAUCAUGUGCUUCACGCAGCAUGUAUUGGAUACAUUUUUGAAAGAAGUUGGACGGUUUACUGAAAACAUAUUCAGGAUAGGCGGACAAUCUCGAAAUGAGUUGCUGAUGGAGCCAGCAUAUAAUGGUCGGAACAGGAUAAAAAAAUCUCACGGAUACGAAUUCGAACUUUGUCGUAACAUAAGAACGCACUUGCUGGAUCUGGAAAAAUCUCUGAGGGAACUGGAGAUCCUGAGAAACGGCGUUUCUUCGGGAGCUGGAAUCUUGUCCGUGAAAGCAUUGCGCGAGUUCGGGUUGCAAAUACCGAACAAAUUCGCUUUGGAUUUUAGUCUGGCCAAUUGGCUGCGUUCCAACCAGCAUCCUGACAAUCUUUCCGAAGAGAUUUUAAAACAAAUUCUGGAAGGCGAGAAUGAAGUUCUGCUUUCCUCCCGGAAGGCAUCGGAUUUCCCUCGGAUUUAUCAAAAGGAAGACUCACCAACAGAAAUCUAUGACUUUGACUUGGGCAUUGAGGAUGAAGCCUCAGCUGAGACACAACGGAGGAAAAUCGAAUCAGUUUACGAUGACCAUCGGGAAACAGUGUUAAUGACAGCCGAACAGGGUAAUGAAUGUAUCCGUCGUCACUUCGAGAUUAUGAAUCUGAGUUUCGAGGAAUCUGUGGAAAACGCUGCGAUGAUCGUGAAUGAAAAUGCAAAGAAGCUGCAAGAUCGUAUUGAAGACUCAAGGGAUGUAACCAUGUUUCGUCUGCUGAAGCUGAUGAAAGCUGAAACUGAUUUGGAACAAAAGAAAAACGCGAGGGCAAGAUUUCAAGCUGAUUCCAUGCUUUUGAAAGUGGCGGCAAACUCGGAACUUUUUAAGCCACCCGAGGAAUUGAUCGGACCUGAGGAAGACUGGAUCAACGCGAAGCCGAAAGCGCGGUGGUUAAUUUAUCGAUAUUGGACAAACCUUUUAUUACGGGAGAUAAGCAAGAAAAUCGAUCAUGGGAUUGAGAAGUACGAGAGAUUGGUUGAAAGAUACAAGGAAGCUCAAGAUCGAGCCUUAUUACUUCAUGCCAUAUCUUCGGAUGUCGUUGGGCUGACUACUACGGCUGCUGCGCAAAAUAUUUCUCUGCUGCAAAAUAUCAAGGCGAAAAUUGUGGUAAUUGAAGAAGCUGCGGAAAUUCUGGAAUCGAAUACCGUGUGCUGUUUGUCGUCCCAUUGCGAGCACCUUAUCCUGAUCGGUGAUCAGCAAUUCAAGCCGUCAACGCAUGAAUUCCAGCUUGCUGGAAACGUCGGACUGGACGUUUCGUUAUUCGAAAGAAUGCUCAAAAACGGCAUUCCGGUCGAACAUUUGCGUCAGCAACAUCGAAUGAGGGCUGACAUUUCAAACUUGAUCAAGCUGAAUGUUCGCGAAGAUCUUCAAGAUCAUGAGAGUGUCGGAAAUUAUGAUGACAUUCUUGGGAUUGACAAAAAUGUGUAUUUUGUCUCACACAACGUCACAGAGGAUGCAGCAAAUAAGGAAUUGACGAGCGAAAGAAACGAGCCGGAGAUGGAGGCCGAAUUUUUGCUUGCAUUGUGUAGGUACCUUCUGUUGCAAGGAUACAAACAUAAACAAAUUGCAAUUCUGGCGGUUUAUUCAGAACAGCUUCUUGUCUUCAAAAAGUUGGUCGCCAGUUUCCCGAUGUGCGGAGAGGUUCGGAUAACCUCGGUUGACAACUAUCGAGGAGAAGAAACCGAUAUCAUUCUAUUGUCAUUCGUGAGGAGCAACUUGGCAGGAAAUGUUGGCUUUUCGAAGACGGACAAUCAUAUUAUUAAUGUUGCUAUGUCGCGAGCCAGGAAAGGAUUAUUCAUGGUUGGAAACAUGGAUGCGUUGAGUUCGGAAAGUGAAUUGUGGAGGAAGAUGAAGCAUGUUCUGGAGAACGAGAAUCAGAUCGGGAGAGCAUUGCCUCUACGUUGUCAGAAUCAUCCGGAUCAAAUAGUCUCCGUCUUCAGACCCGAAGAAUUUCCGGCCAACGGAGGUUGCAUCAGAAUUUGUAACGAAUUGAUUACUUCAUGUGGACAUUUGUGCAAUCGUCUCUGUCACGUGAUGGACAAGGAACACAGGACUGAAGCAGGACUUUGCAAUUGGCCUUGUGAAAGAAAAUGCACCUCGCCGGAAGGCCAUCCGUGUAAAUCCGUAUGUGGGCAGGAACCUUGUCCUCCGUGUACUGAGAAAGUUGAGCGGAAGCUGAGUAUCUGCAAUCAUCUACAAGAAAUGAAGUGUUGCGAAGAUGUCCUUGAGGUUUCGUGUCCCCCCUGCGAAGAACUGGUGGAUUUAAUAUUGCCCUGUGGGCAUAUCGUGAAAGCUCGUUGUCACUUGGAUGGCGAUAUUCUUUGCGAAGCAAAGUGCGAGAAUAUGUUACCUUGCGGUCACCCAUGCCCGAAGACGUGUGACGAGCCCUGCGGCGGCUGCAGGGUUCAGGUUCAAAAAACAAUUCCGGACUGUUCUCAUUCCGUGACGCUGGACUGCUCGAAACUUCCUGAAAGGUCGGAUUGUCGAAAGGAGAUCGAAAUGUUACCGUGCGGACAUAGAUGCGCUGGAAAGCUGUGCUCCAGCAUCUGCAAAACGAGAUGCUCUGUCAUUAUGAACCUUGGGAAGGUCGGAAAGUGUGGGCAUCGAGUGAGACUGCCAUGUGACAUCGUAACCAGCCGCAAAGUUUUGUCUGACGAGGAAGAAAUGGAGUAUUGCGACCAUCCCUGCGGGGCGAUUUUGUCGUGCGGACACAAGUGUGUUGGAAAAUGUUCGGAUUGUCUUCAAGGCAGGAUACAUGUGCCCUGUCAAGAUCCUUGCGGACGAAAACUUGUGUGUGGACACAUCUGCAAGGUUCCGUGUAGUUCCAACUGCCCGCCGUGCAGGGAACAGUGCAGUAAUUCGUGUCCACAUUCUGCAUGCAAGAAGCUGUGCUGGGAGCUGUGCACUCCUUGUAUGGAAAAGUGCGCAAGCGGUUGUCCCCAUAAGCCGUGUAAACGCAGGUGUUCCGAAGAUUGCGGCACAGGCGAUGAUCGAUGCAACGAACCAUGCGCGAAGGUUCUUCUUUGUCAUCACAAAUGCGUCGGACUUUGCGGGGAAAUGUGCCCGCCGUGUCGAGAAUGCUCCGCGGAUAACGUGGAGUUCUUCGAUCUUGUCUUGAACGACGUUAGCGAAGAACCAGACGCGAGAUUCGUCGUUCUUCCCGAAUGCAAUCAUGUGAUGGAAGUUGUUGGAUUGGACAAAUGGAUGCGAAUGUCAUUGGAGGUCAUCGGGCAGAGGGUUUGUCCUCGUUGCACGACUCCGAUAUUCCGUUCUCGUCGCUACAAGGGAGAAAUCAAUGCUGCUCUCAGAAACAUUCAUGCUGUGAAGAAAAAAUUCAUUGAAGGAAGUCUGGACAUACACCUCAAAUUCUGCGACGGAUCCGGGCCAUCAAAUGCAGUGCGGACGAUCUCGAAGGCUUUCUCACAAGAGGCGUUCCUCAGUCAAAUUACUCAUGAAAUUUCGCGCAAGAAACCUCGAGAUCCCGAAGGAAGCAAUACGCGUAUGUUCGAUUUUAGGGAAUUGAACGGAGUGGAAUGCGCGAGUAUUACAAAUUGUCUUGAUCUCCUGGAAGUCAUUGCUGCGUUGUUGGUGAAAUGCAACGAUGAAGACCUGCAUCUUCCAUCAACUUUCAAAUGCCUGUACCGAUCAAAGCUGUGCCGGUUGGCGAGGUUGCUGGUGUCAAGAAAGCUCAGUUUGAACGCGUCUGAUGUGAAAUCAAUUUUCGAGGAAAUCCAGCGUUUCAAUUACUCAUUAAAACUUGAAACGAUGCGAGGGAAAAUCCAUAUGACGGAAGGCAAGCUAUUGAUUUCGAAAACUCAAGCAAUUUUGUCGGACAUCUGCUGUUUCACGGAUGUGAAGGCAGCAAACGUGAGAAGAUGUCUUGAGGAAGCUGCAACAUUUUCCGAAGGUCCGGAUGGGAUAUCCCAUCACGAGAGACGAAUGAUAAUGCAAGCAAUGGGCCAUAGUAGGCGGGGUCAGUGGUUUGCUUGUCCUAGAGGACACAUCUAUCUGCUUGCGGAACGUUGGGAAAUCAAUCACGGUGUCCGAGUUGCAAUGAACGAAUUGGUUGCAGAAAUGGUACUCUGUUGGCGAAAAAUCGGGUUGCAACGGAAAUGGACGGCGCAAAGCUCUGCGGUUGGUCAGAUCCUCAUCCAACUAUAGUUGUGAGGAAAUAAAUUGACAAUCGAUCGUAAAACGGUUCAAAUCUGAGCGAAAUGAAUCCGGCUUCGGAGAUCUUCCAAAUCUUAAGGUUUCUUACAAGAUUUUCUAUUUUUUGAUGAAGUUUACUCAUCAUUUCUGUUCAUUGAGACGGACAUAAUUCAAAAGCAUCGAGUUGGUCGUGUUUAUUUUACAUAUUGUCAGCAUUAGUAUACAAGUCGGUAUAAUUUUUGGAUCCUGAGAUUUUUUGACUGAAAAUGACAGUCAUAGUGCAGUAGCUUGUUCUAGAAUCUAGAGGAUGAUAUGAAUACAGUGCUUUAGAUCGGUUGGUAAUUACAGAAGUUUAAUCCGAUUUCAUCCUUAGGAUUUGUACAUUUUGGGCAUUGUAAGCUCGAGUCUGUAAAGCAAGCCGACUUCCUAAUUUUUCAAAUUUUUUUAUUUUUGUUCUGUUUUGUUUGUUACCCUUUUGGUGAGUGGUGUAUAUUUCGAGCGCAUUAUCCGAUCAACUUGAACUCGUGUGCAUAUGUUUCUGUGGGAAAAACAACGUCGACAAGAAGAUAGUGUGUGUAAAAUUGGCGCGUAAUAAACUUCUGAAAAGAGCACUGAA